AGCAGGACAUAAAAGCCUUUGGUCGGGAAUUGGAGCUACAGUGGAACUUGAGCUGCCAUUGAUAGACGAGAGAAAAGGUGCAGAGAUGGGCUACUUUUUCUUUUUCUCCGCUGAGACAUGGACCCUCCUGGUUGCUCUCAUAACACUGAUCUUUGUGUAUGUCUGCUGGCCAUUUGGAACAUUUAAGAAAAUGGGCGUCCCUGGUCCCAGACCAAUUCCUUUUUUCGGCACUAUGCUGGCAUAUAAAAAGGGAUUCAUGCACUUUGAUUCGGAGUGCUUCAAGAAAUAUGGGAAAACAUGGGGCAUUUUUGAUGGCCGUCAGCCAGUGCUGUGUAUCACAGAUCCUGCCAUGAUAAAAACGGUUCUGAUAAAGGAGUGUUACUCUCUCUUCACCAAUCGCAGAAACUUCCGUCUGAACGGGGAACUGUACGAUGCUGUGUCCAUCGCUGAGGAUGACCAGUGGAGGAGGAUCCGCAGUGUCCUCUCUCCCUCCUUUACCUCAGGAAGACUGAAAGAGAUGUUUGACAUAAUGAAGCACCACUCUGCUAACCUGAUCAGCAGCAUGAAAAAGACGGCAGACAAGGAUGAACCCUUAGAGCUGAAGGAGUUCUUUGGACCUUACAGUAUGGAUGUAGUAACGAGCACAGCCUUCAGUGUAGACAUAGACUCACUCAACAACCCUACAGACCCCUUUGUCGCUAACAUCAAGAAGAUGCUGAAGUUUGACCUUUUCAACCCUAUCUUCCUCUUUAUUGCUUUCUUCCCCUUUAUGGCUCCUAUUUUUGAGAAGUUGGAGUUUUCCUUUUUCCCAAAAUCUGUCUUGGACUUCUUUUACGCUGCACUGAAGAAGAUCAAAGCUAAUCGAGAGACCACCAAGCUAAAGAAUCGAGUGGAUUUUCUUCAGCUGAUGAUUAAUUCCCAGAAAAACAAUGACCUCAGUAAAGUGGAAAAUGAUAAAGGUUUAAAUGAUCAUGAGAUCCUUUCUCAGGCAAUGAUUUUCCUCUUUGCUGGCUAUGAAACAACUAGUAGCUCUCUCACUUUCUUGGCUUACAAUCUGGCGAGAAACCCUCAUGUCAUGAAACGGCUGCAGGAAGAGGUCGAUGCCACCUUCCCUAACAAGGCUCCAGUUGAGUACCAGGCUCUGAUGCAGAUGGAGUAUCUAGAUAGUGUUGUCAACGAGUCUCUCCGAUUGUACCCCAUUGCUCCACGUCUGGAGCGCGUGGCCAAGGCGACUGUGGAGAUAAAUGGCCUUGUGAUUCCCAAAGGUAUGGUCGUCAUGGUACCCACGUGGCCCCUGCACCGGGACCCUGAUCUGUGGCCCGAGCCGGAGGAGUUCAAACCUGAGAGGUUCAGCAAGGAAAACAAGGAGACUAUUGACCCGUACACGUACAUGCCUUUCGGGGCAGGGCCAAGGAAUUGCAUUGGGAUGCGAUUUGCUUUGGUGCUGAUGAAACUAGCAGUGGUGGAGAUCCUCCAGACGUACAGCUUCUCUGUGUGUAAGGAGACUGAGAUCCCCAUUGAGCUGGAUAUCCAGGGCCUGAUAAGUCCAAAACGACCAAUCAAACUGAAGCUGGUGCCACGGUCUGAACCUUCAAACUAAAAAAUAACAACAAAAUAAAAGAUCAUCGUUGAUGUGUACAGACCUAUUGUGAAGAAACAUCAUGUCCAUUUAUCAUCCAUUUCUAUCAUAGUAAUUGUACAGUUGUGCGUACAUCUAUAUCAGUUACUUCUCUUUUUUUGUUCUUCUCAAAGCAUAUGUUAAUAUUAAUUUUUAACUGAGUGACAAACUGAUUUGUAAAGCCUGCAUUAACAGUAAAGGGUAGUUUGGACGUUU